GCUGUUGCGCUGCUCUCUUCCGUUGAACAACCAGAUCAGACAGAGUCAAAAUGGCCCCCCAAAAGAAGAAGUGGUCCAAGGUUAAGGACAAGGCCCAGCACGCCGUCGUCCUUGAGAAGUCUACCGCUGAGAAGCUCAACAAGGAUGUCCAGUCCUACCGUCUCAUCACCGUCGCCACCCUUGUCGACCGUCUCAAGAUCAACGGUAGCUUGGCCCGCCAGGCUCUGGCUGAUCUCGAGGAGAGGGGAGUGAUCAAGAAGGUCGUCGGCCACCACGACCUCGGCAUCUACACCCGCGCCGUCGCCGCCGAGUAAACGUUUUCCUUCCGAUAAUUUUCUCGCGGUUUCUUGUUUUCCUUUACGAAUGAUAUCUCCAUGAAAAGUUCGGGAAUUCUGGCUGGGCGAAUGAUGUAUAGUGGUUCGAUGAUUUUCGGAGUGAACGAAUAGUCGCGCUAUUGGCCGUGUCAAGUAACGGACUAAACGCAAUUCAUCCCUUCAAUUCA